CUACCUCGCGCCUUCGCCCCUUGAUCGUGACAUGCCACCGCCACGUCGAUUCUAGAUGAGCGAGCGAUUGUGUGCGUCUCUUCGGCGUAGCGAUGUAAGAAGUGCAGACGGCGCUCACUUGGAAGGUGUCAGCGGUACAAAACCCGGAAAACACUUGUGCGGAGAUGUCUUAACUUUUACUCUUCACCAUUUAAUUUUCGAUUAGAUAAUAAUUUAGCAUAGACACUUGGCUUGAUGGAAUAAUUUGAGAACAAGAGAAAGGCAGUCAAGAGCUGAUGGUUGGCGUGCACAACCAUAAGUGUGUAGUGGUCCGUGAUCAAUGAAGUGUAAUCAUACGUAGUUUAAUAACAAGAUGUGAGUAAAUCCGUGUUAACUUGUUCUUUGCUGUUUGUGUUGUUAGCAUUGCGCAGUCAUUGUAGAGUGACUAUAAACAUAAUUUCCUUGUGUUUUCAAUUAAUAUACGAUUCAAGUUUCUCAUUAGCUUCUGACAGUGAAGCAGUGCAAGUUUUACGUAAUAUGCCGCAAAUUUUCCCCCCUAUCUGAUUGUGAAUUUUGAUUCUUUUUACUCAGAUUUCAUUUGUAGCCCUUAGUCUUCCAUUUAUUAUAUAUGUGUAGUAAUCUUACGGCAUCAACCAUCAUUGUAAUCAGCAUAUUAAUAAAUACAUUUUCCAUGGAA